UACUGAGGUUUCCUCUUUUCGAAUUUGGUUCCUUUGUGCCUUUUUUGGGGGAGCAAUUUCUGGUUGAUGAGCAAAGAUUGUUUCUUUUCGAAGCGGGAAUCUGAAAUAUACGUGUUGUCGGCCAAGAGAUUCUGCCUUUGAUUUGAUACGUGCCUCUAGGUUUUUAAUGGUAAUAAGCAGAUUUUUCCGAUAAAAUAAAACUGUGAAGGGGGGGAAAAAGAUGAAUGCCAACAGACAGGUGGAGGUUCAUUACAUAGACACUGGGUUCCCGUACACAGUCACCCAGAGUUUUAUGGAUUUGUUUGAAGGCCUUUCAUAUGCUCAAGCAGAUGUUGCGCUAGUGGAGGCUUUGCAGGAUCAGGGAAAUCCAUACUGGUCGAUGAUGCAUACAAGCUCAUAUAAAUAUGGCUAUUCUGGUUCAGGAAAUAAUCCUUACUACAGUUUCAGUAACUCAUACGAGAUAAAUGAUUAUGUACCAAGAUUAGAUGGAGGGAGGAGGGUGUGGGAUGACUCUGCUCCAUCAAACAUUGUAGACUCGCCACAAAUAGCUGUGCAUGGAGCUGAGGAUGUGGAUACGAAUAGUAACCCCAGCACUGAAGAAUGCAUUCGAACAAACAACUCAGGCAGUCCUGAGCAAGUCAUUUGGCAGGACAAUAUCGACCCCGACAAUAUGACUUAUGAGGAAUUACUAGAUUUAGGUGAGGCAGUUGGAACCCAAAGCCGGGGCCUUUCUCAAGAUAAAAUAUCUUUACUUCCGGUGACAAAGUACAAGUGUGGCUUCUUUUCAAGAAAAAAAUCACGCAGGGAAAGGUGUGUGAUUUGCCAAAUGGACUAUAAAAGAGGGGAUCGACAGAUGACCCUGCCUUGUAGACAUGUUUAUCACUCCAGCUGUGUGUCUAGAUGGCUUGGCAUAAACAAGGCAUGCCCUGUUUGCUUUACUGAAGUGUUUGGUGAAGAACCUACUCAACAGUAAAAUCUGCAGUCUCAGUAUAUUUUCCCUGCUCCAGACUUCAUUUCUUUUUCCCAAGUUUGGCUUUCCUCUUCGUUUUUUCUUUCAGUAGAGUAGAACUUCUUCAGGUUCUUAAUAGUUGUAAUAGCAGAUUAGAAUGGAUUUUCCACAGGAUGUUAGGCUUUUGUAAGAUGUAUACAGUGCAGAAACAAUUGAAAAUCUCAUACAAAAUUCCCACGUUUGCUUGGCAAUCAGCCAAGCUCUCCAAUAUUAUGCGGUCUAGCUUCUUGUAUUAUUCAUGAGGAUGCAAAUGACUCAAACUUGUAGCAGACGUUAAUUGCAUAUAGUAGUUCAUUUUUGUGUU